GCGACACACGUGAUCUAGUCAUUUGACAAGGCAAAACACGGCAGUAGAUCAGAAAGACGAGCGACAUGGACCAUCAACGGGUUGACAGGGUGGGCCUGCUGUCUCCCCUGGAGGAGUCCAGCGCUGAGAUCAGCACAGACAGCGGAAUCGUCUCUCAGAGUGCGAGCAGUUUGUCGAUGGUGAGCGAAAUCCUCAGCAGCGGGACGGUGUCGCAGAGCCCCAGCUUUGGAGCAGCGGCGGGGGCAGGAGUAGCAGCAGCAGCUAACGUUAUUCCUCAAAGCCCGAGCCUCGAUGAAGCUGCAGAGCCUGGGACAACCGACAAGCACGACCCAGAGCAGGACGACGAGGUGCUGCGGCACACUGCGCUCAGCUACUCCUCCUACAUCAGGGCGACAGCAGGAGACGAGAUCCUGUGCUUGGAGAAAAGCUUGGAAGAGAUGCUGACAAGAGUAGAUGAGUUUGUUGGAAUGCUGGAUAUGAUCCGUAACGAUACCUCGCAGAUAGUCAAUGAAAACCUACCUCAAAUCCAGCAGAAGUCUGAUGAAAUGAGACAGAUAUACAGAAGAAUUGAUAAGCUGGAGACCUUUGUAAAGAUGGUGGGAGCCAAUGUCAGCGCAAUGGAGGAUCAGGUCACACAGGCAGAGGGAGAGCUAGGAACACUACCGGGUGCUUUCAAGAAGAUCCUCCGCACAAUGACUGUCCCAGGCUUCUUAAACAAACCAGCCAGCCCACGACGACCAGCACCACAUCAGCGUCAAGAAAUCCCCAGCGUGUUUCGGACAGAUGAUUAUUUCACAUCACAGCCGGAACAGUGACGCGCUCGAACGUUCAAAACAUAACUCGGUUCUAACCUCAGAGGCCUGUUGGGCCAAACUGCACAGAUGACUUUUACUGCCACCUAUUGCAAGGAGGAUCUAUUGGUGCAGUGGCUUCAACAAAGCAAUAGCAGCCUUUCUGAACAAGUCACUGGAAGUGAAGUGCGUGCAGACAUUCUGCGCUCCUGAAAGUCAUUUCCCUGGCAGCAACAAACACUGAACUGUAGCAAAAUUAUUUUUAAAAGUGCCUAAAUGGGUCUUUGGUUUUGUUUUCACUAAUGGUGAAGAAAAUGUAAGAUGUUAAAUUUGUGGCAAGUCAGGAGGACAAAGUCGUCCCACUCGCCUGUAGAGCACUGUAUAGAAGGUACAAUAAGAUCUUCAAAUAAUACACAGAGAAAUAACCCAGCUUUGUUUUUAUGACUUACAUUCCUGUUGAUAGUGUUUGUAAAGACCUGCACGCUGUUAUGAACUGAGCUGUAUUUCUGUCUCUUCUACACCCCCACCCGCCAAGCAAUACUGAUCUUAUCCUGUUAAGCAUUUAACGUCUUCCAUUUCAAAGUAUUCACUUUAUUUCAAGCCUUAUCUUACUGCCUCUCUCUGACACGAGGCUACGUCUUUGAUUGCACCUUUUAUGAAAAAAAGCACAUUAUAGAUUAGUUGUCACUUGCUGAUUAUGUUUUGUGCCAGUGAUGAAGCUGCAAUCUAAAUAGGAAGAAGAGGAACUUUGGACCUCAUCAUGGAGAGGGGAGCAACAGUACCUAACAGAUUAAUGCAGUGCGGCCCCUUUCCCCUUUCUUUCAAAGUUUAGCCAAUAAUGGUCACAGCUUCAGCUCUGGUUCUUUGAUUACUUGCCAAAUUAGUUGUUAAAGAUGUUUCAUUUUACAUGUUGGAUUUGGUUUACGAUUUUGAGAUAAUCAUUAAAAAAAUAUUUGAGACAA